AUGUCAACUUUCGGGACCCAGGCACGCAGGUGCGCUAAUACUAAGAGCUCCAAGCAGUCAUCUUGCAGUUCUGACUCAUCCUCGCACAAGCACGUCGCUGCUGCUGAUACCGAUGCCGAGCAUCGAGGAACCAUUCCUGUUAUGAGCAAACUUCACAUGCACAUAUUCGAUCGCUAUGGGGAACCUAGCUCGACACUUCCUACGAAACACAAGAAACAGGACGUUGAACAACGAUCGCACACGUUGCCCGUACCCAUACAGUGUGCUGCGAAUGCCCGAAUUCACCUUCGAAGUCAAUCGACGAAGUGA